UAGCUCCUCCCGGAUGGUGAAGUGGGCCAUCUUCCUCAGUCAAUACAACAUAGAUAUCCGUCCGAGGCCUGCCAUCAAGGGCCAAGCCCUGGCAGACUUCGUAACGGAAUGCACCGCGAGAUCACCAGUGGAUGAAGAGCCUUCGGCGCCUCUUGAUGAAUGGUGGACACUCUACACCGAUGGCUCCUCGGCCGCCAAAGCAUGCGGAGGAGGGGUGGUUCUUAUCACACCUCUUUUCCAGGCACUUUCGCUUGUUAAAUCGUACCCGACCGGGUAAGUGUCCAUGGGCAGCAUUCCUCUUGUUUUUGCUCCUUUUCCUUGCCAAAACUUCUACCACUACUUUACAACUUAUAAAUGGAAGCUAAAAACAAUUACAAACCAAAUAAAACAAAUGUUUACAAACUAAUAAAAAUGGUAAACAAUACACACAAAUCAAACAUAAAAAUAUACAUUUAUGCACUACUAAUUAGUGCAUAUCAACCAACAUCAGAUCAUCUGGCGGGGCUGGAGUCCAGCGCCUGCCCCAACCCCGUUUUUUGGGGAAUGUAGCGCCAUACCAUCCUUUGCAGCAUCCUCCCUGGUCUUGUCCUCCCAAGUGCGUCUUCUCUUCAGCUCUCCUGACACUCCUUCCUCUUGUGUGUCACCUGAGUUCAUAGAAUUCCACAUUCCAGCUUGAGUGCUCUCUCCCGCCCCAUCCGAGUGCAUCUCCUGCAUUAACCUCACGAAGCUUGAUGCGUGCUUGCCACCUCCUGAGGAGCUCCCUUCCGAAAUUAGCCAUUUGCUACCCAUAUUUGACCAUGAUUUCCGUCCACUCGCUCUCCAUACUUGACGGUAAUACUGCCCACCUGCUCGUUUUCUUGGACUCGCUCUUUCCUACAACAUCCGCCUUCUUCCUCUUCCAUUGCUCUGCCGCUACGCUCGAUCGAUUCUUAAAACCGAUGCCAAGGAGGCAUCAAACUAACUGCGCCGCACAAAGUUGGCGGAGAAAAACCCCACAAUAAUUAUUUUUUUAGAGACCUUGAACCACACAAUAAUUUUUUUUAAUGUGACAUCCUAAAAGCAAAUUCUUUAGAGGCUAGACUUGAUUGUAGAAGGAUGUCACAUUUAGAAGAAUUUGCUUUUAAAAAAAUUAAGUUGCUAGACGAUUAUUAGUCUUUUACUAUUAUUUUUAUUAGAUUUACUAUUAUUAUUACUAUUAUUAUUAUUAUUAUUAUUAUUUUACUAUUAUUUUAAUAAUAAUAAUAGUAGUAAUAAUGGUAAUUCUAAUUAAAAUAAUAGUAAAAGACUAUAAUAAUUGUCUAGCAACUUCAUUUUUUUAAAAGGCAAAUUCUUCUAAAUGUGACAUCCUUCUACAAUCAAGUCCAGCCUCUAAAGAAUUUGCUUUAGGAUGUCACAUUUAAAAAAAAAAAUUAUUCUGCGGUUUAAGGCAUCAAAAACCUGAUAAAUACAAAGUGUGUGUGUUGUCAGCAAUGAAUGUUAUCCAUAUCCAUACCUAAGAACAACAACAUAGACGAUGUUUUAAUUCAAGAAGGAAUAGUGCCGAGUAAUUUGUGUAGAAGCAAGACCAAGAUACUUAUCUGGAAAAUCAUUUACCCUUAUAAGUUUCGAUUAUCAGUGGAUGCGGCUUUUGUUGAUUGUAGAAGUUCAUGUGGGGCGAUUCUGAGAGAUGAAACAAGGGAGAUGGUGGCGUCCUUUUUCUCUCCAAUGAAGGUUCGAACAGUCCUCCAAGCGGAAACUCAAGCGGCAUACAUGGCUUUAGAUUGGUGCUCUAGAUUGGGAUAUUCCGACCUCCAGCUAGAAUCUGACUCAUAGAUGGUGUUGAAUAUCUUAACGCAAAGGUUUUCUUCGUUGAUCUAUCUUCAGAGUACGGUUGAGGCAACUCGACGAUUGUGUACGUUUUUCAACAUUCAGAUCAGACAUAUUUUUAAAGAAUGCAACUAUGUUGCUCAUUAUCUGGCACAAGGACUUCAUAAUGCUGUUUUUAGAAACUUUAUCUACCCCAGUAAUCUACCGCAUUUUAUCAGAUCUUAAUGUACUUAUUUAAUAAAAGAUGGUAAAUGUUUCCUGACAAAUAUAUAUAUAUAUAUAUAUAUAUAUAUAUAUAUAUAUAUUAUAUAAGUUGUUCGGUGUUCGGUUUACGGUUUUUCUGGUUUUAAACCAAACCAAACCAAACCAUUCAGUUUGAGCGAAUUUUUACCAAACAGUUUACUUAAGUGAACUCAAACCAAACCAAACCACCAAUUUUCGGUUCGGUUCGAUUAAACCAAACCAUUUUGCCCACCCCUAGUAGGCUAGUAAAAAGCAUAAAUAAAACUUGAGGAAUGAUACUUUUUCAAUGCCUAAUUAUUUUAAAUAUUAAAAUUAUAUUAAAAUACUCCUUAUUAAUUAAAAUCAUUGUUAAGACUUUGUCAUCAUUGACCAAAAGAAAGUUAACAUUGCAAACCUUUUGGAGAUAGAGGUAGUACUUCCUACAUGGUAUUCCCUUCGUUCCACAAAGUCCUUCUCACUUAUUUUUUGGGAUAUCAUAAACAUUCUCUUCAUUUGUCUUUUGGAAAGUAUUGUGUAGGUAAUAUUCUUUUACUUUUCUUAACGAAUCACAACUAUACAUUCUCACUUUGUUCCCACUUUCUUAAACUUUGAUCAUAUCCAAGCUAAGUUGGGAAAAAUUUCAUGAGCUAGAGAUAUUAUUAUUUUAGCCAUCAAACUAAUAAAUCUAUAAAUAAUUACAUACAUAUAAUUACAAUAAUUAUUAUUUUUUAAAUGUGACAUCAUAAAGCAAAUUCUUUAGAGGCUGGACUUGAUUGUAGAAGGAUGUCACAUUUAGAAGAAUUUGCUUUUAAGAAAAAAUGAAGUUGCAAGACGAUCAUUAUAGUCUUUUACUAUUACUUUUAUUAGAAUUACUAUUACUAUUACUAUUAUUAUUAUUAUUAUUAUUAUUAUUUUACUAUCAUCAUCAUCAAAGCAUUGAUGUAUGAUGAUGAAAGCAAUGAUUUAAUUAAAAAAAUUGGGCAGUACGUGUGAGUAUACACGAUAGUAUAUACUUUGUAUUGGUAGUGCUAAAUUGCAUAGAAGAGUAGAUUGACGGAAUGAGUAUUUUAAUGAGAAAAUCCACUUUUCCACAAAAAAAAAGAGAAAAUCCACUGAAUUAGAUUAUUUUGUUUUAUUCCCAUAGUACUAUUUUGAAAAGUUGUAAUGGCUUAUUCUUCCACUAAGAAUAUAACUCAUUUGGUAAUACUCAAAUCGGCUAUAAUAAUUAUGCUAAAUUUUAUGAAAUUCUGACUGAUUGAUUCUGUUGAUAUAUGUGACUCAUGUGAGGAACUGAGGAUAUAGGGCCCGCAAACCAGGCUUCACAGCACACUGGUGCGAGAAUAGACUCUUGGGUGGGCAUCAAGGAUUCAUUACGUUUGGAAGUGGAGGUGUUUGAAUUAAUUCUUAAAAGUGCUUCAUCUAUCUGAAGGACCAGAAGCAGAAAUUGAAGUGUUCGCGUAAAAGUGCAGAAGUAAUUUUGGUGUUCUAAUUUACUCAUAGAAUCGCUUUUUAGAAGCUGGGAGAGCAGCUUCCGAAAAUUGAUUCUGAUUCUGCUUUUAAAAAGGAACAGAAGCGGAAUCAGUUCCAAACACCCCUCAAUAGAUUUUGAAAAAUCACUCAAACUAAAAGCAAGAGCACGUUUCGUGAUCAUGUUUUCAGUUCAUCAAUUUUAUUAGUUAACAUUUUCAUCAAACACAUAAUUUUUAAUUUUGCAUGUUGGAUUGUGUAAUAAGGAAUAAUAAGAAAAAGUGAGGUUGAAGUUAUUUAUCUAGUUGUAUUGUCUGAAAUUGCUGUGGAGAAUCAUUUUAGCUAUUUUUUAUACUAUGAAGUAUAGUUUUUUGUGUUUAAAUACUAAAAUACAUUUUAAAUAAAAUUUUUCUGUAAAUCAACAUAAUCAGCCAAUCCAGUAAUUUCAACCAAACUCUCAUAAAUUUUAGCGGAAUCAACCAAUGCAGUCGAUUUGAGUGUUACCAAAUGGGCCCUAAAACAUAAUUUUCUUUCAAAAACAGGAUAAUAUAUUUAGAGCUCAUUUUGGUGGUCAUGUUUUUCGACUUAUGAAACUUAUCAGACAAUUCUUUCACCAAACGCGUAACUUUUGAUUUCACGCUCUGAACUUUUCAAUAAUAUUAUAAUAAUAGAAAGUAAGAUUGAAGUUACUUUUCUGGUUGUAUUGACUGAAGUUAGUGCAGAAGAUUAUUUUAGCUAUUUUUCAUAUAAUUUUUUAAAUUUAUUAUAAAAUAUAUUUUAAAUAAUUUAUUUACAUAAAUCCGCAGAAUCAGCCCAUCCAGUCAAUCCAGCCAAAACUACAUAAGUUUUAGCAGAAUCAUCCGAUUAAGCCAAUUUUGAUAUUACUAAACGGGCUCUUAAGUUUCCUUAUAUAAGACUAAUUAUUUCCUUUGUACUUAUUAUUUUAUUAAUUAUUUAAUCUAAUUAAUUGUUCCUAGUUUCCUUGAAUAUACAACUUAUUCUGUUGGUAAUGGGAUUAUUCCAUGGUGGCAGCGGUAGAUUUCGAGCGAUGGUGUCACAAUCUUGGCAGGUCGGCGGAAAAAUCCAAGGAAAAUAUUCCGACGGUCGGCUAUUAGGCGAUUUGGGGGUAGUCGUGAUCUAGCAUUGUGGCCGUGUUUGGAAAAUGGCGGAUCAGCCAAAAAUUGGCUGGUUUGACCAAGUUUGGCGGUUUUGAUCUUUGAAAACGCUGAUUUUAAGUGUUUGGUAGAUAGCGGGAUGCUUUAGCGUUUUGGGCCGAAACGCCAAAAUAGAAAACGCUGCAAAGUGUAGCGUUUAGUUACGGCGUUUUAAAAUUCGUAGUUCACUUCUCAAACUUGCCCUUCUCACCGCUCCUAUAUCAUAGCCGCUGUAGAACUCGAAAUCCUUAAUCCCUGCUACAGAGAUCCAAAUUUAUGGCCGCUGCAGACCAAUAUCGCUGCUCAAGGUUUAUUUCGAAGGCAAAUUUACUUGUUAUUUUUUGCCACGACAUAACACCUCUUACACAUGUGAGCAACUACGUAUAUAUAUGUGGGAUGAGGUGUCCAACAAUCUAUGAUGUUUCAUCUCUCUUGCAUUAAGCAAAAAGUAUGAUUCAUCAUAGGUGUGUCUACGUGUAUCAUGGAUAUGUGUCGCUAGGUGUUUGUAUGUGUGUGACCUAUGGCAUAGAAAGUAAUCCACAGCUUUUUCAUCAUAGAGGUUUGGUUUUUCACUUUUUGUUGUUAUAUUCAUUUUUCAAUUUAGCUAUUUAUAUAAAAAGAGAUCUGAUAAAUUGUAAGUUCAAAAUGUAUAAUUUAUAUUGCGCAUAUAGAAGUGCACCACAUCUGCUAUAGAAACUUUGUUUUUAAACAUUUACAUAUUUUGUAUUGGUCUAGUGAGCUCAUGAAUUUUAG